AUGGGCCCCUGUACCGCCUCCUCAUGCUGCUGCCAGGCCCGUAAUCUGCCAUGGGCCCCUGUACCGCCUCCUCAUGCUGCUGCCAGGCCCGUAAUCUGCCAUGGGCCCCUGUACCGCCUCCUAAUGCUGCUGCCAGGUCCAGAGUGUGUGUCAUGGGUCCCUGUACGGCCUCCCAUUGCUGCUGUCUCCAUCGCCACACUCUGCCAUGUGCCACUUUCAGGUCUCCUCACACUGCUGGUGGGUUCCAUUUUUGUCUUAGGGUGCUGUAUGGCCUCCCAUUGCUGCUGCCUCCACCACCACACUGUGGCUCCACACUCUGGUUUUGGCCCCGUGACUGCCCAAAUGAGUGAAGUGUGCGGUGAUUCUAAGAUCGACGGCACUCAUCUGCAUGUCAUACUGACUGACAGUAUUAUUUCUCUUCCCCAGCAGACUCCAUUUAAAUUAAAGGUACAGUGUUCUGCACUAAUAUAA